GGAGAGGGGCGGGCAACGCAUACCUGUUCUCGAAACCAGCGGGCAGAUCGCGCGGUACUGUAGCGGUGUAGUGAUGUGUUCGUGGUUGUGUUGUCGACAUUCGCAAACGAAAUGUCUGAAAAUCGGCGACAACAUCUUUUUGAUUCAAAUGUAUUCCUAACGCUCGAUUUAUUGUGGGCAAAAGAAGAAGUGGAUCCCUACUAUAAGGCAAGGAAAAUAAAUGGCGAGUUUUAUCGAAAUUAUGAAGAACAGAGACAAAAUCCCGAUAAAUUCUACGACUACACCAGAAUGAGUGUAGAAACUUUUGACUAUAUUCUAGAAACUAUCAAGAGUGAUUUACAGUCUGGAAUUAAUCCAAAAAGUUUUAGAGGUAUAUCUCCAGCAGAAAAAUUAUACAUAACGCUUGGGUAAGUAAAACAACGAAAUUGUAAUUUGUAAUUGUAUUUAUUGAUAGUUUCAAAAAGGAAGUGUUGUACCUACUAAUUUAGUAAAUAGUUUGGCAUCGGUAUUAAGUUCCCAGAUACAAUAAUUUUAAUUAAAUACCUACUACACACUAAUCAGCCUUAAUUAUUUAUCUUUGACGAAAAAUAUAAUAUAAAAACGUUUCGUAUGAAAUAAGUAACAUAACAGUUUGUCAUUUAUUUUUAAAAUCACAGUUUUCGUUUGUACUACGAUUAAUUAUUUCUACAAUCACAGUUUUCUCACUCAUUUACAGUAUUUUUAUUACAAGGUCGAUAUACUUAGUGGUCAGUAUAAUAAUUCCACGCUAAUCUUAAAACUAAAUCUUCUCUCUAAAAUUAAAGUUCUCAUCUGUACGACGAUUAGUUAACUAUUUAAAUCACAGUUUUGUUAUUUAUUGACAGUAUUUUCAUUAUAAGAUUGAUAUACCUCUAUUGUUGAGUACUAUACCCAUACAUAUAUGAUUCAUUAGAAGGGUACGUGCUUUCAUUUACACUUAACUCAUCUAGAAGAGCUUGAUUAAUUUUUUGUCUUACUCUAAACUUUUGAAAGGGCGUGAAUUUUUCCAUUUGUGGAAGUAAACUCAUAAAAAAGUAGUAGUCAUCAGACUUAUUCUCAUUUCUAGAAGCCUCGUUUCUACUUUGAUUUGAUAAAUCAUUUUCCAGCAGUCUUAGGGCGCGUUUAUAUGACGCGGAAUGUUACAGCGUGUCGGCCGCGCGACGAAAGUAUGGUGACCGCGCGGCGGCCGCGCGGUCAGGCCUGGUGGCCACGCCACUGCGAACCCGAACCAUUUCCAGUUGAUCUUGGUCUUUCUUAAAAUUCACACGUGUUCGUUAUGAGCUAUUUGACUAAGAAGAAUAAAAUUAUGAUUGCAUAUUACUUGUACCGACAAAGCAAAAAGAAAGAAAAAAAGAAUUGUAGAAAAUUUUGGAUUCAUCCUAUUUUAGCACGGCGAGAAGAGUUUGGUGAAUUUCAUACGCUAUACAACCAAUUGCGAGAAGAUGAAAAAGAAUUCGCAGAUUAUUUCCGAAUGGAUGUUAAAACAUUUGAUAAACUACUCAACUUCAUACAUGAUAAAUUGAAGCACCAGAACACUAACAUGCGGGACAGUAUUACCCCCACAGAAAGAUUAGCAGUGACAUUGCGGUACUUGGCAACAGGUCACACGUUUGCCGAUUUAAGAUACGCAUUUAGAAUUGGAAAAACAACAUUAUCGUUUAUCAUUAAAGAAGUGUGUAACUGUAUAUGGUCAGAACUAGUAAACAUAUAUAUGAAAAUACCAUCAGAAAAUGAAUGGCUGAAUAUUGCUGAAGACUUUGCUGUUAUUGCAAAUUUUCCCCACUGCCUAGGUGCUGUGGAUGGGAAGCAUAUCAGAAUAAUUAAACCUACAAAAUCUGGAUCAAUGUUCUUAAAUUACAAACACUUUUUUUCUAUUGUAUUAAUGGCAGUCGUUGACACCAAUUAUAAUUUUAUAUUUGUAGAUAUUGGUGCAUAUGGCAAGGACUGCGAUUCAAGUGUUUUUAAAGAAACUGUCUUUUGGAAGAGACUGCUGAACAAUACACUUAACUUACCACAGCCUGCUCUGAUUCCAGAGACUAAUUUUCAAUUACCGUACGUAUUUGUCGCGGAUGAAGCAUUCGCGUUGCACAAAAAUGUACUGAGACCAUUUAGUGGUCGAGAACUCAAUGAAACAAUGUCAAUAUUUAAUUAUCGUCUUACUAGAGCAAGACGUUAUGUGGAAUGCGCUUUCGGCAUAAUGGCCAAUAAAUGGAGGAUCCUCCAUCGGCCUUCAAAUGUAUCUUUGGAGCUCACAGUCGACAUUGUAAAAACCUGUUGUUUAUUACAAAACUUCAUACAUAAAGAACAGGGCAUAGGUAAUUUAAUUGUCGAUUCAGGCUUUGAACUACAGACACUGUCACGAUCAGAAUAUGCAGAUCCUUUAAUAGCAGACAAUGUUCGUCAAAAUUUUGCUGAAUAUUUUGUUUCUCCUCAGGGCAGUGUACCAUGGCAAAACAAAUAUAUAUAGAUACUCAAAAUUAUCAAAUCACUCGUUUAUUGCAAGAAUAUCACAGUUAAAAAACAAUUUUAAACUUAACUCAAAUAAUAUUUUUUUGCGAUUUAUGAUGAUGAUGAAUGUUCACAAUUUUUUAAUUACCAAAUAAAAGAUGGAAAACUUACCGUAU